AUGAUUGAAUUAGAUAGCGAAAAACGAGAUAUUAUGCAGGCCCAGGAUUCAUUGCGAAGACGAAACAACAAAAGAACAGACCUAACACAAAAUGGCACCAAAAUACCCGAGAAGAAAGAAAAAGAACCCGAAUUUGUUCACAGGGAAUCUCUUCUUACCAUCCUAAUGGAAGAAUCACUUCAUAUAAAAGCUAUUUACCACAUAUUUGUUGCAAUCUUGCAAAUCAUCCAAGGGAAAUCGAUUUUCCACAGACUCAACGUCGCUAUUGCAUCGGUGGUGUACGGUUUCGGUGACAUCAAACGCGCCUUCAAGAUUUGGCUAUUCGAGCUCAGUCUGGCUCUCUUAUUCUAUCCAGGGUUGAGGAUAUAUGCAGCGAUACGGAAACUCAUUACAAACAAUUCACGAGCUUGCCAAGUUUGGGCUGCAAUUGGAUUGCUAAGCCUCAUAGCCAUGGAAGGAAUUUUGAUUGGAGCCACGUGCUGGGACUUAGCAGAAAAACAUCUUGCUGUGGGUUCAUCUGUCGCGGUGACUUGCGAAAUGUUCCGAUUUGCCAUGAAGAUUUGUGCUGUAACGGUAGACUGCAUUCCCCGUUGCCACGGCAAUGGCACUUCGCUACCUUCGUUCCAACAAUAUGGAUAUUUCUUGUUCGCGCCUACCCUCCUCUACAGAGAUUCGUAUCCUAGAACAAAGAAGAUUAGGUGGGGUAUCGUUUUGUUUCACUUUUCUGAGGUCGCCGCCGUCAUAUUUUACAACUGUUUUCUCUGGGAGCGAUUUAUAUUACCUUAUUGGUCAGAUUAUGGUAAAAAACCACAGGUCGAAGCUGGGACGGUAGUACGAGGGAUGUUUGCAUGUGUGCUACCAGGAUUGAUAUCAUUUCUAUGCGGUUUCUAUUGCCUUCUACAUGCGUGGCAUAACGCGUUCGCAGAAAUUAUGACAUUCGGUGAUCGACGUUUUUACGAGGAUUGGUGGACGAAGUCAAGAUAUUCUAACUAUUACAGAGCGUGGAACCUUGUGGUUUCCUCGUGGCUACGUGAUUAUAUUUUCCGUCCGAUCGCGCCAUACGCCGGGCGACCUGUUGCUUAUGUAGUAGUGUUCUUUGUUUCAUCAGUAGCCCAUGAAAUUAUCUUGGCACUUAGUUUUGGAUUCUUUUACCCUGUGUUAUUCUUACAAUUUGGAGUCAUGGGAGUUUUGCUGCUACCAUUGACGGCGUCUGCUGGUCGCCGUUUCCCCAGCAUCUUCAAUUUGCUUAUGUGGCUGUCAUUUUUUAUUGGAACCGGAAUGCUCUGGAGCCUUUACCCGAUGGAAUACUUCGCUCGGAAAAAUUGUCCACCAUCGAAAAUGGACAGCUUCUUUGUGCCCAAAUCUUGGUCAUGCCCUGAAAUCAUUCUAAAACCUAAUUGGACAUUUGAAAAUCCAUUUGACUUGGAACACUAUUAA